GUUAGGUACAGCUACAACUGCAGGCGGCAGCCGAUCCGGGCUGGUUGCCGCGUAGCCUCGUCGGCUUCCUUCUCCUCCGGCGAGCUCCACGGCGGCGCCGACGAGGGGAUGGACGCGCAGCCUAACUGGAGAGGUGCGGCGGCGGCCUCGAGGCUGUCUUACAAGAACGCCACCAUCGCCGUGUGCGCCUUUAACCUCCUUGUUGCGGCCCUCCUCCUCCACAACUACUUCUCGUCCUGGACGCGCAUCGCCGGCGGCGACAGGCUCGAUUCCGCUCAGCUUCGGUAUAUAUGGGAAUCUGAGGAGUUGCGUCGUGCUAUGGAGCCUGUGGAUUUGAUCAGAAGAGUGAAGGAAAUUGAGCAAGAAGCUUAUGGUGAACAUGGCAUGGCGACAGAUGAAGAUCCUAAGCAGACUGCUGCUGUUGAUUUAUCAAAACGGCUGAAGGAUUUAAGGGCAGGGAAUGAUGGCAGUAGCCAAAAAGCUCUUGAAGAAUGGCGCAAAAGGAAGAUGGAGCGUGCAAGGCAGCGAGCGAUCGAAAAGAAUGGGACUUCUAGUGCGAAAACUAAAUGAAGUGAGGAGUAUUAUUCACAUUUGUCCAGUCAGUC